AUGCGGCGGCGUCAACUCCUUCCAGGAGCCCUGGCGGCAUGUCUGGCAUUCGUCUCAGUUCGUAGUUUCAUUCUGGAGCCAGCCUUCGUGGCAGCCUUCUCAGUGUCAGCGCUUGCCGAUCCGAAAGUUUGCAAGCCCUACCUCGCGGUGCUCCACGAGACGUGGAUCAUCCUCGGUGCUGGAACUCAGCAGGCUGUGGCCAACAUGGAUUUGGGGGUGCAUUUCUAUAACACGAACCAGAACCGCAUGGGUUCAUCCCAGUACGAGGCGCAGCCUAUACACAUGCCGGAUCCGAUGGAACGAGCAAAAACCGGAGGUUUCAUACAGCGAGGUCCAGAUCUGGGAGACAAGUUCCAGGCUGUGCCGCUUCUUCCCGGGGCAGCUCUUAACGGAGCUACGAUGCUGCCCCUGCGUGAGCAGGACUUCGCCAGAGCCUGCGGUGGAGGUGGAAUUCAGUUUGCCCAGGCCCAGCUCUGGAACGGAGACGGCAGUCCGCAGGCCUGUCCGAAUCAGUUCCGCAAGGAUGGCCAGGCAGUGCUGACACCCAUCGGCCAGAACUUUGCUCAGACGGACAACCAGGCGAUGUCUCCAAACUGGCAGCCGCACAAGGUCUACCUGCCACAGGGUCUAACUUCCUUCGUCGUAGUUGGUGAGGCGCACCAGGACUUGGCGAGCCCGAACUCUCAGAGCUCGCCAAUCCAUGUUCAGGCAAUCCCACUGCCGAUGGGGACUCCCGUGCAGCGCGAUGUUCAGGCACUUGCGUUGGCUCCAGGGACGGGGCUUCCUCAACACGCGCAGCGGGAUGGGCAGGCCUAUCCUUUUGCAGCACCUGGAGCACCAGUGAUGCCGAUGAGGGAUUGCCAGGCUUUCCCCAUGCAGGGCAAUGCGGUAGCACGGCCAAUGCCGUACGAGGGCCAGGCCUUCGUCGUGGCGCAUCCGAACCCGAACGCAGUACCUUUGCGGAGCGACUGGCAGGUUUAUCCCGUUUCGCAAUCUGGGUCGAGUAGCCCCGAGCGGAAUGACAGCCAGGCAUAUGCGCGAAUGCCACAGAUGCAGAAUCUCGGCCCAGUCGGGCUGAUGCCGCUGGAGGGCCAGGUGACCGCUCCUCUGCCGCCUGGUGUGCCUAGUGAAGGAAGCAUUGGCCAUCCUGAGCUCUGCAGGAGGCCAUGCUUCUACUUCGCGAAGGGUUGCUGUACAAAUGGGAAGGACUGUGGCUACUGCCAUGCACAGCACACGGAGAAGGCACCGAAGCUGGACAAGCGACAGCGUCUCGUGCUCCAGUCUCUCCCUGAGAACAUGCUCCUGGAGAUGCUGAUGAACCGGGUGCAGGAGAAGGCCGAAGAGCGGCUUGGACAGAUCUCAGGAGGCUUGCGAGGUUUGGUCUGUCAGACGGGCAGUGUUGGUGCAGUGAAGAAGCGAAUGACAGCUGCCAUGACUGACAUCAUGGACCUCUGGCAGAAGCGGCUAGCAUACUUGGCCGUGAAUCCGCCGGUGGUGUCUCCUGAGGAUGCCGAAAAUCUGGCAGAGAGGUAUGUGCGGAAUCUGGACAAAAUCCUUCGAAGGAUGAACAUCUCGGAGCUGAUUGCCCUGGCAAUUCGCAGCGCAAAGGAGGAGCAAGGCUAUGUCGGCGAUCUGCGCGAGGCCCUGUCCCACUUGCGAACGAAGGUUCCACCGACACUUUGA